AUGGAGGGGAGCAGCUUGGGAAAACAAGGCGAAGGGGAAGGGCAGGUGGCCAAGAAGUCCCACAAGGCCUUACAGAAGUUCUUGCAAGAGGCUCAGAUCAUCUUGGACCAGAACCAACUUCUAAUCAACGAGGUCAACAAGAACCACGAGUCAGCCAAUCCUGAGGACCUUGGCCGCAAUUGCGGCCUCAUCCGGCAGCUCUACGACAACCUCAAACGCGUCACCGACCUCUACGGCGGCGUCCUCACCUCAUUAGCAGGGCAGAGCGAGGCCACCACCAGUAGCGGCCCCACGGAGACUCUGUCCGACCAGUGA